GUCAAUGACAAAGACUCUGGUUGCAUUGCGAACGUCAAUAUUUCACAGCUGCAGCCGCAUUCACCUCCUCAAUGGCUAAUCGCCUAGUUGCUUUUUCGCGCACCCGACAAUUUAGUCCCCGACAGCCCCCUCAGGUUUCUUCUUCGCGGUGACGUAGAAACCCCCAACAGCAACCAGAAUGGCCUCCCCAAUCGACCCCAAGGUACACGACUUUGCGUCGCCGCAGAGUCCCGCAGCACCGCAGCGCCCGCAUUUUGGCGACGACACCCUGCGGCUUGAGACCUCGUCUUGUGGACGGCAGCCCAGCUCCGCUAAUGCGACAGCUGCCCAGGUCGACGGCAACAGCCUCUUCUCCCCCUCGCGAUUCUCUAUCGAUUCCACACUCAGACGCCGGCCUACGCGCUCCAAUACCGUGCGACACUACCAUUCCCCAACUCGGCCAAAGUGGGAGGAGCCCGGUGCCGAGCCUGGCAUAGACACCAAAAAGGAGACUGAAGCCCACAAGGAUCUGCAGCGUCGUUGCGACAUAACCGUGGUGGACUUUUCCGAGGAGCACGUCGAGUGCCACCCACUCGACAAUGACACCCUGGAAGCAUUUCUGAACCUACCUAAGGACGAGUGGGUUUCAUGUCGGUGGAUCAAUGUCAACGGAUUGAGUUGGGACGUGAUUCGCAUGCUCGGCAACCACAAAGGCCUCCACAGACUAGCAAUCGAGGAUUUAAUGAACACUAGAGGACGAACCAAGGCCGAUUGGUACUCUGACCAAGCUUUCUUGCUGUUCACGCUCUCGAAACUUGUCACUAUCCCGGACGACGAUUCCGAUAGUAGCGACUCCGAUGUGGAGGGUGAGACGAAGAAGCCAAGAAAUCCAAGACACUCCAAGAAGCGAAAACCGAGAUCCUUCUAUAGACACGUGAAGGAAUUGUUCGGCUCUGGAUCGAGUGAAUUUCGCCCACGACAGGAUCCUGAAAAUUCAUGGGGCACCGAGGAAAAGGACUACAACCUCGAUGGCACCAUCCCUUCGCGACCGUACUAUGGAGGAGCUCAGCAGCGGGAAGAAAUACGCACCCUUCAGCGCUAUCGCGGUGGGCCGAAUCUAAACAGAACUAUCUACUUAGAACAGCACUCUGCACUAGCAAAAAAACAACUAGCAGUGAGCGUGGAGCAGGUCUCCAUGUUCGUUUGCGCAGACAACACCGUCAUAUCAUUCUUUGAGCACUCAGCAGCUGACAUUGAGUCUCCUAUUCUCAAACGUCUGAACUCUGAAGAUACCAUCCUUCGGCGCAGCUGCGAUGCAAGCAUGCUAGUUCAAGCUAUUAUUGAUGCUAUUAUCGAUUUAGCCAUUCCUGUCGUUACAGCCUAUGAGGAUGCCAUGGGAGAACUAGAAUUAGAUGUCUUACGCGACCCUGAAAUCUGGCAUUCACAGUCUCUCUAUAUUCUCACGUCGGAGCUGUCUAUCCUCCGAAACACCAUCCAACCCAUCAUAUCUCUUAUUAAUGCCCUCCGGGACCACAAAUCCGAGCCUGCCCUCACCCCUGGCUUGUCUGGAGGCCCAACCCGCAAGAUCAUAUCUUCUAUAACCAUUUCCCCCCUUGCACAUACGUAUUUAGGUGACGUCGAGGAUCAUUGCAUCAUGAUAACGGCAUCCUUGGAUCAGAUGAGACGGGCUGCUGAUAAUCUCAUUGACCUCAUUUUCAAUGUGAUGGGCUCCUACCAGAAUGAGUCGAUGAAACAACUCACGAGUGCCACUAUCUUCUUCUUACCUCUGACAUUCAUAACUGGGUAUUUCGGACAGAAUUUUACGAGGUUCAAUGGAGUCAACAACCACUCUGAUGCCUUCUUCUGGAAAAUCGCCAUACCCGUUAUGUGUGUCACGAUCCUCGUGCUCAUGAACAGUGGGAUCAGGCGACAAUAUCAGCGCUCGAUUGGCAAAUGGAAACUGCGCAAAGCCACCCGCAAGCGGCAGGCUCAAAUAGAUCGCGAGGUUCAUCCAAAUGGCGUUGCAGGAGGCGUGGCCAUGGCCAUGGGACUGAAACAUGAUUCACAAGGGCAUGGAAAGAAAAGGAAGGUUAAGAGGAAACAAACAAUGUACACGAAGAAUAUGAACGGUCAGAUUGGGGGGUCCUUUUAGAGGGUAGGAUUUUGGAUGUGAAUGGAGUUUUGAAAGUUGCGUGAUACCCAGAGGCGGUAAUAGCCUAGCGUGUGUGCCAACCCGUAGUCAGGGCAUGCU